AACAACAACAAUGGCUUCAUCCUCCACCCUUUCCACUUUUCUCCUUUUGCUUCUUCUUUUUCACUUCUCCGACGCCGCGGUUUUCGACAUCCGAAACAACUGUCCGUACACCGUCUGGGCGGGUGCGGUGCCUGGUGGUGGCCGCCAGCUUAACAGCGGCCAAUCAUGGUCCUUAAAUGUCGCAGCCGGCACAUCACAAGCCCGUAUAUGGCCCCGUACUGGAUGCAACUUUGACGGGUCGGGUCGAGGGCGGUGUCAGACCGGUGACUGUAACGGCCUCCUCCAGUGCCAAAACUUUGGUCAGCCACCUAACACAUUGGCUGAGUACGCUCUUAAUCAAUUCAAUAAUCUUGAUUUCUUCGACAUUUCGCUUGUUGAUGGAUUCAAUGUACCGAUGGAAUUUAGCCCGAAUUCCGGUGGGUGCACUCGUGGCAUUAGAUGUACCGCGGACAUCAAUGGUCAGUGCCCUAAUGAGUUACGUGCACCUGGAGGGUGUAACAAUCCGUGCACCGUGUUUAAGACGGAUAAUUACUGUUGUAACUCUGGAAGCUGUUCGCCAACUGAAUUUUCAAGAUUUUUCAAGACUCGGUGCCCUGAUGCUUAUAGCUACCCCAAGGAUGACGCUUCCAGCACGUUUACGUGUCCCGGUGGAACCAACUAUCGGGUCGUUUUUUGCCCGUGAAGACGUUUGAUUAUCGAUCAAACGAGCAGAUUGAAAAUGCAAGCAAUAAUAAACAAGUUGGAAAUGUAGUCUCGUAAUAGUUAAGGCUUCUUCCUUAAUAAAUCUCGAACGUUGUCGUAAUGAAUAUCAUAAACGUUGUGUUA